ACAUCAACAAACUCGUAAGGGGGGGAAACCAAUUAAAUGUAUGGAGUGUGGAAAGAGCUUCAGUCAGCGUGGAGCACUUAGAAUCCAUCAAAGAAUUCACACAAGGGAGAAACCAUUUAAAUGUGUUGAGUGUGGAAAGAGCUUCAGUCAAAGUGGACACCUUAGAACACACCAGCGAAUUCACACGGGAGAAAAACCAUUCAAAUGUAUGGAGUGUGGAAAGAGCUUUGUCCAUAAUGGAAGCCUAAGAACACAUCAGCGAACUCAUACAGGAGAGAAACCAUUUAAAUGUAUGGAGUGUGGAAACAGCUUCAAUCAAAGUGAAUAUCUUAGACUGCACCAAAGAACUCACACGGGGGAGAAACCAUUUAAAUGUGUUGAGUGCGGAAAGAGCUUCAGUCAAAUUGGAAAUUAUAGAAUACAUCAGAAAACUCACACAGGGGAGAAACCAUUUAAAUGUAUGGAAUGUGGAAAGAGCUUUGGUCGUAGGGACGCCCUUACAAUACAUCAGCGAACUCACACAGGGAUGAAACCAUUUAAAUGUAUGGAAUGUGGAAAGAACUUCAGUCAAAGUGGAAACCUUAGAACACAUCAGAAAACUCACACAGGGGAGAAACCAUUCCAUUGUAUGGAGUGUGGAAAGAGCUUCCAUCAAAGUGGGCCCCUUCAAAUACAUCAGCAAACUCACACAGGGGAGAAACCAUUUAAAUGUAUGGAAUGUGGAAAGAGCUUCAGUCAAAGUGGAAACCUUAGUACACAUCAGAAAACUCACACAGGGGAGAAAUCAUUUAAAUGUACGGAGUGUGGAAAGAGCUUCAAUCGAAGUGGAUACCUUAGACUGCACCAAAGAACUCACACAGGGGAGAACCCGUAUAACUGUAUAGAGUGUGGAAAGAGCUUCAGUCAAAUUGGAAAUUAUAGAAUACACCAAAGAACUCACACAGGGGAGAAACCAUUUAAAUGUAUGGAGUGUGGAAAGAGUUUUCAUCAUAGUCUAACCUUUAGAAUACAUCAGCGAACUCACACAGGGGAGAAACCAUAUAAAUGUAUGGAGUGUGGAAAGAGCUUCACUUCAACCAAAAACCUUAGACUGCACCAAAGAACUCACACAGGGGAGAACCCAUAUAACUGUAUAGACUGUGGAAAGAGCUUCAGUCAAAGUGGAAAUUAUAAAAGCCACCAAAGAACUCACACAGGGGAGAAACCUUUUAAAUGUAUGGAGUGUGGAAAGAGCUUCCGUAAUGGUGGAACCCUUAGAAGCCAUCUACAGACUCACACAAAGGAGAAACCAUUUAAAUGUAUGGAAUGUGGAAAGCUCUUCAGUCAAAGUGGAAACCUUAAGAGACAUCAGCAAACUCACACCAGAGAAUAACCAUUUAAAUGUAAGGAGUGUGGAAAGAGCCUCGGUCAAAGCGGACAUUUUAAAGACCCCAGAGAACAUUCACAGCGGGGGGGGGAGCAUUUAAAUGUGAGGAUUGUGUGUGCAAAGAGCUUUACUGAUAGUGAGAAAUCAUUUAAAUAUAUGGAAUGUGGAAAGGGCUUCAGUCAGUGUGGAAGGACAUAAAUCAGCGAGAAAUCAUUUAAAUAUAUGGAGUGUUUAAAGAGCUUCAAUCAGAGUGAAAACUGUGCAAAACAGUAGUGAACUCGCAUAGGAAGAAACCAUUUAAAUGCAUGGAGUGUGGAAGGAGCUUCAGUUGGAGUGCAGAUCUUAAUAUCCAUCAGCCGCUAGAUACAUAGAGUAUAUGUGAAGUUCUGGUGUCUGCAUGUAAAUUUGUAGCCAUGUAAUCAAGUAAUGAUUUCUCACAAUAGUAAAUGCAAUAUCAUAUGUCAUGAACUGUUUGCAGUUUGCAGAGAGCGUGCACCUGCAAUGCUGGUGGUCAAUGUUGAUGCUCUUUGAGUCGGCUGAAGUUCAGUCUUUGGUAGAGGGAGUUGGAAAUGUUGGUGUUUUGGGAUUGCUAAUAGAGCAUUGUGGAAAUUACAGGGUGAAAGUUGUGAUGCUUUGGAAGCAGGGUUCGUUAUAUUAGUAGUAUACGAACA